GGCGAUGAACGGAGAUCUGAUGGAUUUACACUCUUCCAAAAAUAACCUCCAAGCCAGUAGAGAACAUGCUUUGGCAAUAACUAGAAACUACAUUUCACAGCCCAGACUAACUUAUAAAACUGUGUCCGGUGUCAACGGUCCCCUUGUGAUUUUAGACGAUGUGAAGUUCCCUAAAUAUGCAGAGAUUGUGACUUUGACUUUGGCUGAUGGCACACAAAGAAGUGGUCAAGUACUGGAAGUCAGUGGAUCCAAGGCUGUAGUUCAGGUAUUUGAAGGUACAUCAGGAAUUGAUGCUAAGCAUACAACAGUUGAAUUCACAGGUGACAUUCUAAGGACACCGGUGUCAGAGGACAUGUUGGGGCGUGUCUUCAACGGUUCGGGAAAACCUAUUGAUAAAGGUCCACCAGUGUUAGCAGAGGAUUUUCUUGACAUCAUGGGUCAGCCCAUCAAUCCUUGGUCACGUAUCUACCCAGAAGAAAUGAUUCAGACAGGAUUGGCAUCUAUCGAUGUAAUGAACAGUAUUGCACGUGGUCAGAAAAUUCCUAUUUUCUCGGCUGCUGGUUUACCUCACAAUGAGAUUGCUGCUCAGAUUUGUCGACAAGCUGGUUUAGUAAAACACAACAAGAGUGUCAUGGACGACCAUGAAGACAACUUUGCUAUCGUAUUCGCUGCUAUGGGUGUAAACAUGGAAACUGCUAGAUUCUUCAAACAAGAUUUUGAAGAGAACGGAUCUAUGGAAAAUGUGUGUUUGUUCUUGAAUUUAGCAAAUGAUCCAACUAUUGAGAGAAUCAUCACUCCACGUCUAGCGUUAACGUGCGCCGAAUUCUUAGCGUAUCAAUGUGAGAAACACGUACUGGUUAUUCUCACUGAUAUGAGUUCAUAUGCAGAAGCUUUACGUGAGGUAUCAGCUGCUCGAGAAGAAGUACCAGGUCGUCGUGGUUUCCCAGGUUACAUGUAUGAUUUGGCGACUAUUUAUGAGAGAGCUGGCCGCGUGGAAGGCAGGAAUGGGUCCAUCACCCAGAUACCUAUAUUGACUAUGCCCAACGAUGAUAUUACUCAUCCUAUCCCCGAUUUAACUGGCUACAUCACAGAAGGACAGAUUUAUGUUGACAGACAGCUACAUAACAGACAGAUCUAUCCACCGAUCAAUGUGUUACCAUCGUUGUCACGUUUGAUGAAGUCUGCUAUUGGUGAAGGCAUGACAAGAAAGGACCAUGCUGAUGUGUCAAACCAGCUGUAUGCUAAUUAUGCUAUUGGCAAAGACGUACAAGCAAUGAAGGCAGUGGUGGGAGAGGAAGCUCUCACUCCUGAUGAUUUACUUUACUUGGAAUUUUUAGGAAAAUUUGAAAAGAACUUUAUUGCGCAAGGUGCAUAUGAAAACCGCUCAGUAUUUGAUUCAUUGGAUAUUGGUUGGCAGCUUCUACGUAUCUUCCCAAAAGAGAUGUUGAAGCGAAUUCCACAAUCCACACUCUCAGAGUUCUACCCAAGAGACUCCACUCGAGGUGGUCACUAAGAAUAAUUAGUUAUCAUUGUAAUGAUUGUGUCAUAUGCAAUUUGGACCCUGACCCAGUGUCAUGAUCUGCCACCAUUGUUUCUCACACUCAAUUGACUUUAUUCAUGACAUCCCUUAAAGAUUUCAAAUCCUGUGUGUGACCUUUAAGAGUCAUGUAAAAUCACUAGGAUGUUUGACCUUUAAGGGUCAUGUAAAAUCAUCGAGUGUGUGACCUUUAAGGGUCAUGUAAAAUCUCCAGUAUGUGCGACCUUUAAGGGAAAUGUACAAGUUUAAUUACAAACAAGGCUAUACUGUAGUUUCAAUAUUUCAGUCUUGUUGUAUAUGAAAAAAAGAAAUAAUGUAAAUUGUAUGUAUAUCACAAUUUGCAUAUCAAAUGGUGUGGCAAACAUGAAUAUGCAAAUUCCCCUUGUCAAUUGAUAAAUUAGAAAUGCAAAAAACAAAAUAAUGUAAAUUUUUCCUUUCUGGUUGAGGAAAAACUGCAUGGUGGUUCAGGAUUGAGCAGUCUCAAAAUAUAGCAGUGUAGUCAAGCAGUAAAAAUUGUGUCUUGAACACCCCUAUCCCUAAAUUAUCUAUAUGUGGGAUUCUUUGGGUCACUACAAAAUCUCACUGGUGACGAAACAGAUGUCUUGUAAUUUUUAUGUAAAUAUAUUAGUAGUUCUUUGCUUCAACCAUCUGAAUUCUGUGACAUAUUUAACAGACACAAAAUUCCCAGGAGGCAAAGUGGAAGUUACAUUGGCAAUAUUACAUUUAUGAAUUGUUAUAUUGAGAGUAUUGUUCGCAACGUUGAAUCAAACAAGUACAGAAUAGCCAUGACUAUGUAUGUGUACUGACUGGGAACGCUUGCCAUGCAUGAGAACCAAGAGUGCUGUAUUGUGUCUGCAUUAAUUGUGGUUGACACUUUGCUGUAACUCCUUUGAAAUGCAUGAAAUUAGAAAGUACUGGGUUGGUGGUAAAUAUAGAUGGUAUUGAUAAACCUGUGUAUCAUAUGCAUAUAGCAUACAAGCAAUGAACACGCUGUUCUGUCCUUGGUUGUAAAAGCAAUCAACUGAAAAAUUAGACACCAGUUUUAUUGGAAUAAUAUAUAUAUUUUGAACAUAUUGGUUUCAAGUAAGCAGUAACUCGGGUCAAAUUGGAGUAGAAUUUGUUUUAUUGGAACUCCAAUUGCACGUGAUGAAAUUUUAAGACAUCAAUGACUCUUAACGGAGCAAAAAUGUGUACAGAUAAUUACAAGAUUCAUCGCGAUUGGUCCAGGGACCAAAACCACAAGUUAAUUAGCCAAUAAGAAUCCUUUAUCUUGCUGUAUAGGUCUAGAUUUUCAUUAAUGUUGCAACAUUGUAUGCAUUUGUUUUGAUUGUAAUUAGGCAGGAUUUGAUGACAAACAUGUCAGGUAAUGUAUGUACAAACCGUGAAUAAAAACAUGUCUAGAAAAUUGU